AUGCCAGGUAUUACUAAACCAAAUCAUGAAAAGAAAAUGAAACAAGCCUGUGACGAAUGCCAUAAACGUCGGGUACGUUGUGCGUAUGACUCACAUAGAGGCCAAUGCAAUAGUUGCGAACGUUUAGGUGUGACAUGUGCUUUUCUUAGAGUGCCUUUAAAACGUGGUCCCAAUACAGGCUCUCGUAAAGAGAGACGUAAUAAUGGUGUAAUGUAUAGAGUCAAUUCUCCUCCUUCUCCACGUGAUAGCAGAAGAUCAUCAACAAGCAGUAAUGAAAGUGAACGAUCAAAUAAUUCCAGUAAUUUUUCAACAAACGAUAAAGAUUACAAGAUUAUAACAUUAUUAACCAAAUUAUAUCAAAAUCAAUUUAAUAAUGAAUGGAUACCAUUGCUACCAUUUACACAAGAAGAAAUAAUCAAUAUGUUGACAAAUAGUUCAAAUAUUGAAUUGCAUAAAUUAUUUUAUCAUUGUUUAAAAUUAUCAAUGAAUGAGAUUAUUGAAGAUUCACAUUUGACGUUAUCACGUUUAACUACUACAAUUUCAAUUAAUUCACUCAUUGGUAAUAAUGAUGAUAUAGUUCUAUAUAUUUGUUCAUUACUAUUAGCUCAAGCAUUGAAACCAAAUCGAAUUUUAUUAGCAAUGAGUAUAGGUAUAUGGCAUGAACUACAACAAACGUUACCACCACAUGUAUCACAUCGUCUUGAAAUGUCAUUAAAUAUUCUAGAUCUUUUACAAUGUCCUGCUGAUACUUCAUUAACAAACCGUUCAAUUAAAGGCUUCACACAGAAAUAUUUUUCAUCAAUUGAUAAACAAACAAUUCAAAAAUUACAAUUUUUUGAAUCAUUAAGAGAAUCACAAUUACAAUCGCAACCAUUAGAAAAUUUCUCUAUUAUUACCACUAAUAACAAUAUGUCGUUAUGUGAAAGAUAUAUGUCAUUAGUAUCACAUAAACAUCAAUUAAUUGAACAAUUGCAACGCAAUAUCGAUGUAAUUCCAUCAUUAACAAGCAUUCUACAAGAAAUUAAACAAUUGUUGCAGAAUGUUAUCACUCCAAAUAAAUCCCUCCAAACAACUCAAAGAUGGUUUGCUUGGGCUGCAAUUGAAGAAGCUCGUCGUGACGUUCAAGCUUUACGCGACAUGCCUGCACACUUAUUAAGAGGAUUGAUGACAGUUGCCUCCAACAAUAACAAACAAACUGGUGGUAGUACUAUAGACUUACAAAUUUUACAAGUUACACAAGCAAUGAAUGAUUUAGUUGAAUGUACAGGGUUAUUAGGUGGCUUGCUAGGAGGGAACGCUAUAACCGUAGGUAACACUUCAAAUACUGCCAUGAUCCCUAUCUCCGCUCCUGUGCCAACAACUACAAGUCCCCGUGCAAAUGUUCUUGAGAUCAAUCAUAUUAUUAACCACGACAGAUCGCUACCACAACUUGUCGUACGUCAACUAUCUAACCGUUGUGCCUAG